CGUCCUUGUCGCUUCGUAUCGAACUCUCUUCUCUUUUUCCUUUAACCCUAUCGACAAUUGAGCAAGGAUGAGAUUCAGCCAUGUAUUGAAUGCAGCCCUUGCUGUACCCGCUGUGACAGCUCUUGCUGUCUGCAGGGACGCAGCUCCCCCGGGUCCUCCAGCUCCUCCUGGUCCACCUGGUGGUCCUGUCACUCGUAGUCCUCCUGGACCACCAGCGCCGCCCGCAGGUCCCGCGGCGCCUCAUGCAGGACCUCACACUGUCAACCUCCAAGGAGGUACCGUCAAAGGUUUUGCUGACGCCAGUAAUAACUCGGUCUUCUUGGGCAUUCCAUUCGCCGAGACCACUGGGGGAGAGAACCGAUGGAAGGCACCCAUUCCCAAAAGCAAGUUGAAGCCUGGAGAGGUCAUUACUGCUACUGCAUACGGGCCCACCUGCCCUCAAGCCAUCAGCAAUGAUGCAUACAGCCGUCAAGAUGAGGAUUGCUUGAACCUCAAUGUCUGGGCGCCCGCAAACGGCAAGAACCUUCCUGUCUUCGUAUACAUGUACGGAGGUGCUAUGGUCACUGGCUCAAGCAGCAACCCCCAGUUCCAGGGUAACAACUUUGCUCGCAAGGAUGUCAUCUUUGUCUCUUUCAAUACCAGAGAGAGCAUUUUUGCCUACCCUAACUCUGCUGAGUUGGGCAAGGACGGUUCCCAGAACUUUGGUAUCCUUGAUGUUGAGCAGGCUCUCGAGUGGGUUCAUGAGAAUAUUGCUGCUUUCGGUGGUAACCCUAAGCAUGUUGUGUUCGGUGGUCACAGUUCGGGCUCCGUUCAAGUCGACCACUACUUGUGGAACAAUCCCAAGUCAUGGCUUGUCGGUGCCGUUCAGAUGAGUGCUAACGCUGAGUCUGGCCCUGCCAUCACUCCCCUCAACCAGGGUCUUGAUAUUGUCGCUGCCGAGGUCGGUUGUGGUACCGGUGCCGGUCAGCUUGACUGUCUCCGUACUAAGAGCAUCUUCGACAUUGAGACUGCCAACUUCAACUCCACCUACAACACUUGGUUUUCUCCCAUCAUUGACGAGGUCACUCGUUUCUCUGACUACGCCGGCCGCUUCGCUGCUGGCAAUUACGCUUCUCACGUUCCUCUUCUCACCGGUAACUCUGACGGUGAGGGCGUCAUCUUCGGUCUCGUCUACGGUGGCGAGAACACCGACUUCAGCUCUUGGAUCAACACUUUCGAUGCUGAUGUCGCUCACAUUCCCGACGAGGACCUCAUCGCUGCCUACAACGUCUCCGAGUACGCCUCUGUCUCUGCUAUGAGCGGUGCCCAGUACGGUGAUGCUCGCUUCUUCUGCCCUGUUGACUACCUCAUCGACCUCCGCAGUGAGGUACAGGACACCUGGGUCUACCGCUUCUUCGGCGAGUACUGCAAUGUCGUUGGCUGUAUCGUCGGUGCCCCCACCCACGGCACCGAGAUCCCCUUCUUCUUCGGUGGAAACGAGGACUUUGAGUCCCUCACCGGUGUCACAGCUGCCCAGCAAGCCCUCGCUGACUCCAUGAACGAUUGGUUCGUCCAAUGGAUCAAGAACCCCUCUGCUGGACCCGGUUGGGAGAAGGCCAAGCCCAAGUCUGGCGCUGUUGCUAAGCUUGGUGUUCCUGGUGACGAGCUGUCUAUUGAAAUUGGCUGCACCGCUGAUUACAAUGGUCGUUGUCAGAGUGUUUACGACCCUCUACAGCCCAAGUACCCUGUUCUCAACAGCGUUACUGCUCUGUAA